GGGCAUGUUCACAUCGCAGCAAUGGAAACAUCUCAGCAACGAUUUCCUGAAGACCCAGCAGGAGAAGCGGCACAGUUGGUUCAAGACGAGCGGCACCAUCAAGAAGUUUCGUGCUGGCCUCAGCAUCUUCUCCCCCAUCCCCAAGUCUCCCAGCUUCCCCGUCAUCCAAGAUUCGGUGCUGAAGGGCAAACUGGGCAUCCCCGAGGCUCGCGUCAACCGCCUGAUGAACCUUUUUUUUUAGACCCCCAAGGUGGAGUUUUUUGGCUCCCCCCCCGCCAGCACCCAGGCAGGUGUCGCCCCCUUCAACAUCCUGGUGGGUGC